AUGAGUGCGCAGGUCGAGCCGGAGUCCUCCCGCCUGGAGGAACUGGAGUUCUACAGGAGCACCCUGUACCAACGGGUCCAGGAGUGCCCCAUAUCAAUCACCCCAGGGGGUGAAAUGAUGCGCUUCCUGCGGAGGGAGCUCGUGCGCGCCGAGGAAAGUGCUGAGACGGAGGAGUACCGGCUGGUGGUCGGGGACAUGUUCAGGGUCGUGACGGACUCCUUAAUCUCCGCGGCGCACCGGAGCGCCCCCUACGCCCACAUCGAUAGCAGCCUCCCGAGGGACUACCACGUCACAAAGGACGAGGACGAGCUCUUGAUGGCCGACGGCAUCUUCGACUCCGACGAGGAGGUGGACGCGGACAGCGAGGUGGCGGCCAAGCCCUCCGUGAAGGAGAAGGAGCAAAAACAACGCAAGCGCGAUGAACUGCGAAGGCGGCGGGAGGAGGAGGAGGAGAUGCUCGUCAAGAAAAAUAAGGUCCCGGAUGAUAAAGGGGGUCUCUUGAAUACGUUGGGCCCGUAUGCCGCGCCCCGUCUCACAAUUAGAGCCUCCACCUUCACGUUCCCAAGUCGAAAGACUCUGGAGCAGCGCACCGCACUGCCUUCGCCUGAGUCCUCCUCCUCCUCCGAGGAGGACGACAACAAUUACGAGGAGGAAACUGUGGCGGUGGCCUCCUCGUCCUGCUCCGCCGGUGGGGGCGAGGCCGUAGCUCACUUGACGGCUUUCAUGAAGCCCUUGUCGAUGGAUUCCCUGAAAAAGCUCAGUGAGAGCGCCAAGGUGAAGAGAAAACCCUCAUCCUCGAACCGCGAGUAUAUUACACAGAUUGUCAGGGCUGCCGUGCGUGUUGGAUGCGAUAAGGCAUGUCGCCUUAUGGAUAGCCACAAAAUAUUCGAGGAGAUGACAAACCACUUUCAAGCUGGACCGUUGAACACGGCGGCUAGCAUCGACUUUUUACAGUCCCUUCCCGAUCAACUAAAACACGCUCUAGGCCACAUUUUGGGUGUCUGGGAAGAGAGUCCCCAGGUGGAAGCCAUGUGGGAGCGUAUGGUGGCCAUGGGAUUUUUGGGCGUUCUCACCAACCUUCGCCUAAAGCCGCUCAAGAAGAUUGCGACGGAGUUAGGCGUGCCCAUGCCAGACACGCAGUCCACCGAGAAGUGUUGUGAGACCAUUAUGUUUGCCGCAUUUCCACGGGAGCGGUUGCGGGCAAAAAAUUCACGCUCCAAGAAGCAAAAGACACUCAAUUUUACGGUUCCACCAGCUGGAAUGCGGUGUAAAGGGCACAUGGGUUUUAUCACGUUUCAGGUGGAAAAUGUUUCCAUUUUACCCAAAGAUAAUGAGCGUCGCUACUCUCCGGAGUUUGAGUUUGGUAAGCUGAAGUGGAGUCUUCUUUGCAUGGCGAACAAGGAGUUUCUGGCGCUUUACUUGUGUCAGACUGGCAGCGUGUUCUGCAAGUUCCUGAUCACAGUGGUGAAUCAUGCGAAUGUAGACGACUCUAUCUGCAACGAAGGCACGCAGCGGUUUUCGACGCGGUCACAGGAAAAUGACUGGGGGUUUAACACCGUGAUUAAGUUUGAGGAGUUGCUGAACCCGAAGAAGGGGUUUUGGCAGGAGGAGGGCGACAGCGUCACAAUCGAGGUCGGCAUCGUCCUCGUGGAGACGCCGAAGCCGCUCAACCCGGCGAAAAACACGUCGAAUAAAGACAAGCAGACGGGUCCCAAGGUGGAUGAGAAGGCGGUGCGGCAGCUCAUCGAGGAUGAAAAGAUGGCACAGGUCCGGAAGCGCAUUAAGCAGGAGAUCGCCAAAGUCCUAAAGGACGGGGAAAAGACUCGAAAAGGGAUCGCGCAGCGAGCCACGAAGGGGUUUCACGACCUGGUGGAGCGCUUCAAGGCAGAGAAGCAGCGCAUCAUCAAGGAGCUCGCGGAGCGCGAGCGGCGGGAGCAGCAGGAGCGACAGCGCGAGCUUGAGAUCAUUAAGCAGGCACAGGAGCAGAAUGCGGAGAUGAAGCGGCGCAUCGAAAAUCUGAAGAAAGAGAACGUUACUUUGAUGCGGGAGAAAAAGGAGCUGACGCAGGAGACAAGAGACUUGAAAAAGACAAGCGAUAGGUAUACCCAAGAACUGCAUGCCAUCAAUGAGAAGAAGACGAUGCUUCAACAGAAAGUCACGCAGCAGGAAAACAAAAUUGCCGCGGCGGAAAAACAACUCAGUGAGUUGCGGCAGGAGGAGUCACCCAAUCCAUCCUCGUCGGAUGAUGAGGCAAACGUGAGCGAUGACUGUGAAAUCAUGUCUCGGCUCAGGGAGUCGCUUGAACAGUACAUCGGGACCGAUGGAAAAGGUGAAUAA